AUGCACAGUGCUCGUGGUGCUAGAGUCGAAUGUCAAACACCAAGAGCCUUACUCAAACGCGGCGUGUCGCUACCUCGACGAGACGAUGUUUGUGGCGAUGUCAAGCGAUUAGGAUUCUGCGCAUCUUCAUUCAGGAACGAUGAUGCACCUAGGUCGUUUGGUGCCACGGCCUUCGAACAGAGCAAAUUUUGUGCCCGAUGUCGCCAGCCAGUGCUUUCGUUGGAUUUCCUCCGUGGUCGGCUCAACGUAAUCGAGUUAGAUGGCAAGGAGGAACGGUGA